AAAAUGUAUUAUUUAUUUAAAAUUUGGCUUAAAAAGGUAUUAUUUAUUUAAAAUAAGGUAAAAUUUGGGUUUUUUAAAUAGUUAUUGAGUAAAAGUUGAGAGAUCUAGGGUUUAGAAAAAAAAAAAGAAUCGACAAAAAAAAAAAACAAGAAAGAAUACGAAGAGAGUAUCGUCUCCGAUCUAACCAAUGUCUGGCGAGAAAAGUUGAUGGCCGGUGGAUCUCUGGUGGAUGAGGACGAAGAGUAUGCUGGGAAGUAUGGUUAUGUGGAUCUGUGGGAGACACAGUCCACGACUGUUGACUGUUGAAGAAGGUGGAAAGUGGAGGAAGGCCGUAGAUGGAAGAACGGUGGUUGCAGUGUCCUCUCUUGGACAGGACAUGAAGGACUCUGAGGUAUUAUUGACGGGGAGAGUGCAUAAGUACCAGGGAAAGUCCAACAAACUAGGGUUUCUUGUCUUGAGAGAGAAGGGGUACUCGGUCAGUGUGUGGCGACUACAUAAGAGGAGGACAAAGUAGGUUCCAAUUUCAAAAAAAAAAUCUGAAAAGUCUGAGUCAGGAAUCUUUCGUAGCUGUGUUGGGUAUUGUCAGGACCCGAAAUCUGCUAUCAAAGGAACAACCCAGCAGGUUGAAAUUUAUGUGAGAAAAGUGUUCUGCAUCAGCAAAGCCUUGACACAAUUACUACUUGAUGUGGACGCUGCUUCUCAAAAAGAAGAAGAUGAACAAGGCGCUAGUGUAAGUUAUAUAAUGUUCUUACGGAAUUUGUUGUAACUUUCAUGGUAGUACUCAUAAUGGUUCUCUCUGAUUAUUGCAGGGUGAAAGAAGAACUCCUCAUGUUAGUCUAGAUACACGUCUGAAUAAUAGGGUGCUUGAUCUCAGAACACCGGCUAAUCAAGCGAUCUUUAGAGUCAGAUCGCACAUUGAAAACUUUUUCAGACAGUAUCUCCUGGCACUUGAAUUCGAUUCCAUACACACUCCUAAGCUGCUGGCUAGAAAGAUUAACGGAGGAGCAUCGGUUUUCUGCCUUGAUUACAUUGGAAAAGAUGCAUCACUAGCUCAAUCGGCUCAGCUCCACAAGCAAAUGGCAAUUUCCAGCGGAUUCACCAAAGUGUUCGACAUUGGGACAUACUUCCGUUCUGAAAGGUCGUCCACAAACCGUCAUCUCACUGAGUUUGUGACUCUUAAUGUCGAGAUGGAGCUCAAGUACCACUACAAUGAGGUUAUGGAUCUUGUAGACGGGUUGUUCGCUGAUAUUUUCAUGCAAGUGAACCAGAGCUGUGCAAACCAACUUGAUGCUAUCGCGAAGCAAUACCCAUUUGAACCUCUGAAGUUCCUUCCAAACACAUUGAGGAUUUCCUUUGAGAGAGGGGUACAAAUGCAUGAGGAAUCUGGUGAGAAGAUUGAAGCCCAUUUUGUAGGUUCAAAAUUGAGGGAGACAGACAUGAAAAAUGAUAUCACAGUCGAACCCAGGCGAGUGUGAAGUAAAAAAAGCUCACGCCAACGGAAGUGAUGAUUUUGGUAUGCAACGAGGACGUUGUGAUAUGUUAGUGGGGGUGAAUUGUAACAUCCCGAUUUCAGGAAUAUGGUGAUGCAUGCGAAGAUGUUUAAAAGAAUUACUUAUAACAAUUUAGUUUUUUCAUAUUUGUAAGUUGAUGAAUAACAUAAAUAUCGGAUUUUAAUAUUUAUAUAUCUAUUAUAUUAAAGCAAGUUGUUAAAUC